AUGUCCGAUCGAUAUAUUGUGUUGCAUAUCAACACCACCGCCAAUGAGAGUUCUCAGCAGUUCAAACGCGACCCUUCAGAGAUUAUUGAGCUAGCAUGGGUUCUGCUAGAUCCUGGAACCAACUUUGAAAUAGUUGGUAGGGGAAGUGUUCUGGCUAAACCAUUCAACACUCCUAUAACCCCGCUUUGUACCAGCAUGACAACUCUUACAUGGGAAAGUGUCAAGAACGCUGGUUCACUCAAGGAUGCGGUAGAGGAGCUUAGCAGAUUUAUUGACUCAAACUUGGUCAGCAACGGCUUGUCAUUCAGUUUUAUAACUCUGAAUGCCUGGGAUCUCCGCUUGAAAUUACCCAAGGAGUCGCGUGAAAGAAGUAUAGCCCUUCCCGCGUACUUGGACUUACCCAAGUACUUUGAUCUUAGAAAAGAAUUCUGUAGAUGGGCCCAAAAAUCAUCUGCAUUGACUACAAACGGUAAUCACAUGAGUUUAGCUUAUAUGGUAUCUAAACUUGAAACAGAAGCUAGUUUGGUUUUGGACGAGGAUCUAAGAUCAAAAGUUAAUUCUGCUAGGCGUGCCCAUGUUGACGCAGAACUGACAGCAAAAGUGGCUGCCACACUAUUGAAAAGCAACAGCGGUCUGUUUCAAAAGCCUCAUGAUUUGCAGCGUGACCUUGAACAGUUUCUUAACGAAAAAUCAAAAGUUCUGUAUAUGAGUAAUCUUUCUACAGAUACUACACAGAGUGAGUUAGAAUCGUGGUUUACUCAGUUUGGGGGAAGGCCCAUCGUGUUUUGGACUCUAACCAGCGACAGUGGAUGCCCGCCGUCUACGGGGGUCAGCACUUCUUCCGGACAAUCUUCCAUUUCUGGGUCAGUUUCUUCAAAUGCUGCCAACUUCAGGCCUACAGGAUCUGGUUUUGCUAUAUGUGCCACUCAUGAGGAGGCAGUUGACUCCUUGACAAUGAAUGGGCGAACCCUUAACGACCGAAUUAUUGAAGUGCAGCCAUCUUCAGUUCGUGUUUUGGACCGUGCUCAAGAGAUUUUGAGCCCGUUUCCUUCGUCCAAAAACAGACCUCGACCUGGUGACUGGACUUGCCCUUCGUGCGGGUUUUCCAACUUCCAACGACGUACUGCAUGCUUCAGAUGCUCUUUUCCAGUUUCAUCUGCCAUAGCUGUCCAAGAUUCAUUUUACCCUGUAACUCAAACUCACAACUCCAGGCCAUCUAGUGGCUCUGUCCCAUUCAGGGCUGGGGACUGGAAAUGUGCCAACGAAAACUGCUCUUACCACAAUUUUGCUAAGAACAUUUGUUGCCUCAAAUGUGGAGCUCGUAAAACACAGGCGAACAAUAGUUACUAUGGCCAUAAUGCAAAUCAGCACCAUGUUUCUCAGGUCUCUACGAAUAUGAUGAGGCUUCAAUCUCAUACGCCCUAUGACGAGGAUCCACACCAGGCGCAAAUUCAACCUCAGCACCAGCAUCAACAUCAACCACAACCAAUCUCAUUCAACAAGCCUAGCAUGCCAGAUUCUUCGAAAUACCAACAGACUCGUCGAUCUCCCAACUAUUUGCAAGGCUUUAAUAACAAUACAACUCACCCAGUUUAUGCUAACCAGAAUAUAGUUCCAGCACCCAGCUCUUUGCACUCUGUUUCGCAUGUCAACUCUCAGGGUAUUCCCUCUAGUUCAUUAAACAAUCAUGCGUACUCUGUAAAUGAGAGUUUUUACGGAGGUUCGCAAGCAAACAAUUUAAAACUUCUAUCUGGAUCCAACAAACCAGCUUAUAUUGGAAUUCCUCAAAAUAAUUCGAAAGUAGAUUCGUCAAGUUUUACAAGUGGUUCUGAUGCAGCGUUAUCUACCCCAGACCUUGCUGGGCUCUCACACGGAAUUAAGAAUUUGGGUUUCUCUCAUGAAGUUCUUGAAUUUGAAGGACAAUAA